GAACAAAAGAAUCAAAAAGGCAAAAAGCAAAGAGAGAGAGAAAGAGAAGAAGUGGAGACUUGUGUCCUUGCGGUGUUAAGCUUCUUUGUCCUUUUAGGUUCUUGCCUUUUUUCCGAUCAAUCAGACCAAUCUCUCUCCUUUUUGGCAUCUUCGUGUUUCUUAUAUUUCUCUGUUGGGAUUCUUUCAAAUCAAUUCCUUGUUGCAUCAGAGAGAGAGAGAGAUGUAUAAUCAGUUAGCUAUAUCUUCUUCUUCUUCAUCUUCUUCUUCGUACUAUGAAUCUUUGAAGAUUUUGGAAGCUGAUGUCCAACACGCAAAUACUUUGGCAGAGGCAAUUCCAAUGGGGAAGAACAAUGUGCGGCUCCAGAUGAAACUGGUUCAUACCAACUUUGCUUCAUUAUUACUCUUCUUGCUUCGGUGGAUGGAUCUUUCUUGCUCAUGUCUGCUUCCUCGCUACUUUAACCUCUUUCAUGUUCUUGUCUACAAGGUUCAUUCUGAUGGGCAACCGAAGCUCACCACUCACGGGAGGAAAGCUACUAUCAGUGAGUUCUAUGGUGUGAUACUACCAUCACUUCAGCUAUUACACAGCAACUUAGACGAGCUGGCAAACGCAGACCUGGGGUUUGACCUUAAAAGACUCAGCAAGAAGAUAACAAAAGAGGCUCGCAGCAGUAGAUUCAGCAGUGCCGGGUUUGACCGCGAGGAAGAAUGUGGAAUCUGUUUAGAAACUUGCACCAAAAUGGUUUUGCCAAAUUGCUGCCACUCAAUGUGCAUCAAAUGCUACCGCAACUGGAACUUGAAGUCACAGUCAUGCCCGUUUUGCCGGGGGAGCAUGAAGAGAGUGAACUCAGAGGAUUUGUGGGUGCUUGCUGGUGGCAACGACGUGGUGGAUACAAGGACGGCUUCAAGGGAAGAUUUGUUCAGAUUCUACCUCUACAUCAAUAGCCUCCCCAAGGAUUACCCUGAAGCUCUCUUCUUGGUUUACUACGAGUACUCAAACCUGAUUUAGAAUCUGGACAAACAAAGUAUAUGUACAGAUUUUUAGAAAGGUAAAAAUGUAUUGUAUAGAAUGUAAAAACUGUGUUCAGGCUUUGGGAUGAUUUGAUCCAACAUGCCAAAGCUCUCAGGUUUUUACAUCCUUUAUUUUAAAUAACUGUGAAAUGCUUCCAAAAAUAAGCUUGAAUAAAAGCAAUGAAUAAAAGAUCUCUUUUUCA